UAGAUUGAUAGAAUUGGCAAUUUUGUCAUUUAGUUGUUUCCAAAAGAAGGAGCUACUUAUGUAUAAGACCAAUUUUCACUCCUAUUUAACUCAUUAAAGAAAACAGACCUUCAGUGGGGCUAAUUUUACACAUUUAUACAUCCCAGUAAUUUAAAGUUGUAUAAGAAUCCUGGCCCUGAAAAAAAAAAAAAACUAGUAUUGUCAUUUUAGUUGAGUUAUAAAAUAGUUUAUAUUCAAGAAUCUAUGUUAAAAAAUUAUGAAGGGUUGCAGUGAUAUAUAAGUGCAAAAUUUCAGUUUCUUUUAGCCUAAAGCAUCAUUUUAACAUUUUCUAAAAGGUUGUUCAAUUCUACAUUUUGAUUCCAUUAUAUGUGUAAUUAAACCUCUGUGCACAAAAGCAUUCUCUUAUGUACUAGCAAAUACACCCACAGGAAUCCUCUUCUAAACUAUAAUUUAUUUAAACAUGUAAUCAUAGGAUUUUAAAACAUGCUUUCAUUUUUCCAAACUAUAUGCCAAUUUGCGCUACUUGGUGAUAAAAUGAGAGCUUUUAUUACUAUUUUGAUUCCCCCCCCCCCCCCCCGUGACUUAACAGUGAGUUAAACAUGGGCAGGAGGAAAAAAAAGAAUAUCUAUUGUGAACCUAAUUCCAUGUGUUCAACUGUUUUCCCCUUUUAAGAAAAACAGACAAGAAUAAAAGAUUUGUAGCUAUUUAUAAAUUCCAGCACAGUACCGAAUAUUUGGGCCUGCAGCUUUCUCUCCUAGGGUUUGGCCUAAGUAGUAAAUAGCUAGCUGGUGAGUGAGUGAGUGAGUGAGUGAGUGAGUGAGUGAAAUCUUCCUGAUCCUUGUGGAGUCAGGCCCCCUACUGACAGGAUCAGUCAAUUACAGACGUUGGCGGUUCUACUGAGACUUCGUUCCGUCAAAAUCUGGUGGGGACACAGGAGUCAGGAGCUUUGAGCUUGGUCCUUUUUUACUCUUUCUGAUGAUUGUGUUACAUUCUUUCCACCCCGAGCACAUCCGAAGCCCUACCAAAAAUGCUAGCCCAAGAAGUAGCUUAUCCAAUAAUUGGUUCAAAUGAGUUUAUCAGUCUUGCAUCCAGGGUGCCUUCCUAAGAAGUAACGCUUGCCAGGAACUAAAAUAGGAAUUUGAAGAAGAGGGAGAACUCUUAAACAAGUUGUAGGAUGCAAGGGCAAAUGUCCACCUUUUGUCUCUUUUUCAAUGUGAUAUUGAAUCCUUCCACCUCCAGUUACUAAUAAUUAUAAUUAGCUGCUGUGGAAAAUUGCCUCUUGAUCUUGGGUGCAUUAAGACUUGGGCAAGGGCUCUGUUAAGCCAGACUCGACAGGUUGCUGCUGUAGAAUAACGCAUCACACUGCAAUGUGUGUCUACCUCAGAGCUCACUUUAAGAACUGCAGAACACUUUUCCACUCUCUGGGAGAGAAUUCUCAAGUUGUCCCCAGGCUCAACCCAGGCUAAAGCCUAGUGUUUUUAAAAAUGGCUAUAAGGGAGGAGGAACUUGUGGAGGGAAUGUACCUACUCAGAUGUGCGUGUUUGUGUAUGGAGGGUGCUGGUUACAACCUUAAAGUUCUCCUGGCCCCCGCUUUCCUAGGAAUAUAUUAAAAAAUAAUAACCGCCACCCCGGCGUGGCCGCGUUUGAGUUUCCGACUGCCUGAAAAUAGCUGCCGGGAGCCUGGCCCACCGCUGGGAUCAAGGAAAAGCUCCUCCUGGCAGCGCCCUGCUCCCUCGCGGAAGGGGAAGGGAACCCGGGAGGGCGCCACCGAGCUAGAGCCGCUGCUAUUUUGGGCCCAGCCCCGCGGGUGCGUCAAUGCCUGCGCCCCUGCGUCACCGCCACCCCCACCCCUUUCCUUCUCCCCGGCUCUCCAAACUCUCACUUUUUCCCUUUCGUUCGCGUGGAAUCGCUCCUGCCCACGGGGCGCUGACGCUACCGAGCUCAUGCUAAUAGGCUAUUCUUCGCCCUCCUCCCCUCUUCCCCCUACUCACACAUCCUCACUCACCACAACAGCCCCCCCCCCCCAUACACACACACACGCGCGCGCGCGCGCGCACACACACACACACACACACACUCACUCACUCACACACACUUCCUGGUUUUAUUUGUGCUCCGGCCCGCUGGGGCACCGCUGAGCCGCGGCGGCGGCGGCGGCGGCGGCGGCGGCAGCGGCAGUCGAAACAUCUGGGGGAAACUUAAGGUGGCCACGCAGGUUUUGCCGAGGCUGCGGCGCAGAGGAGCCCGAGGCUUCCCGGGGCAGCCGCAGGACACCUGAUGGCUACGCCUUUCCAGCCGCUGGGGAGCGGGCAAGGGCUAGGGUGCAGAUUAGAGCUGAGCGGCUCCGGAACGCGCCUGGUUCCGUGGCGCUUUUUGCCCAUCCAGGGAACGCCAGGAUGGGGGUCGGGGGAAAGUUGCCAGGGGGCUCCCGCAGCCUGGAAGCGAGCCCUGCCGAGGGAGGAGGGGCGGUUGGAACUCUUCUCGGGCAGAGAGGGGGAUACCUCGGAAGCCUCCCUCCCCACGUCCCAGCCUCGUCCAGCCCCUUGGGAGAAGCCCGCAGAGGCCCGCCCUGCUCGGGCCCGAGGAACAGGGAAGGGGGCUCCAUCCCGGGAGAGGUGGCGUUUCCUUUGCUAGAAAGCGCCUUGCGCCCUCAGCCUGGCGGGCGGAUUGGCUUGCAAAGUGGAGUCGGCGGGGACUCGGGCAGCCGCGGGCGUGCGGCGAGCUGCCACGGUGCUCCGAGUCCCUCUCCUGGGAGGGCUAGACGCACAACUUUACGCUCGCGGAGAUACCCCUCCCUCUCCCAAUGUUUUGCCUUUCCCUUUUGGCUCUCAGAUUGAGGUUUCGAGAGCCCUUGUGCUUCAGAGGAGGGUUCAUUUGUGUCUCUACAACUCGUACUGGGGUACAAGUUGGUGGGCACCCAGGAGUGUCGAAAGUAUUAGAGUUGGCGAAAGGUGAGGUUAGAGCCCCUUUCCGCCGCAGGCGCACCUGUUGCCCGCUGCUCGGCUGCAUUGUCUGCGAAAGGAAAGUGGGCGACGCCUCAUUCUGACUUUGGGGAUCCCUGAAGGGCUGGGAUGCUGUCUACCUGCUCCCCUCUCUUCCCCUUUCCACGCACCACAUCCUCCCUUGCACGUGGGCACUGCAAGGAAAGAAGGGAACACAGAGAACAGGCCCUACCCAGUACCUUCCACCUUGGACUGUGUGUGUGUGUGUGUGUGUGUGUGUGUGUAUGUGUGUGUGUGUGUGUGUGUGUGUGUGUGUGUGUGUGUGUGUUUGUGUGUGAGGGGAGGAGAGACAGAGAAUGCCAACGCCAAAGGAGGAGGCCAUGGACAGGAAAAAGGAGAAAAAGGAUAUGCAUCGGACUAGGGAAAUCCCACCCUGCCUGAGCCCUUUGACCGUCUCGGGUCGUGGGACGUCUGUACGCGCUUCCGCUAAUGGGGGUGACAGUUGUGAGUGCGUGAGGUUAGGACACUGCCAGAUAGACCCCACCCCUUGCUAGUCCAGGUGCUGGCUACCUGGCCCUCGCCAGCGUUCCCUGCCGCCCGGGCUUUUGUUGCACCCUCCCCCACAAAUGAGCCGCCGGGCUGCAGCGGUGGCCUGGGGGUUUGGGAGGUGGGGGGUGGGGGGAAGGUGAGGUGAGAUGUCGCGGUGCUGCGGGCUGCGCGGACCUGAGUGGAGAGGUCACACCUCUUUCGGAAAAAAAAAAAAAAGAAAGAAAGAAAGAGAGAGAGAGAGAAGAGAAAAAAAAAAAAAAAAACCCAGGCUUGCGACCAAGGUGAACCCAGAACGGUUCCCACCUUAAAAUCGGCCCUACUCGUGACGUCAGGUCGGAAAUAUACCAAAGCGAGAGCCGGCCAGGAGUCCGGGGAGCGCGGCGGCGCGGCGAUUGGGCGGCGGGCCGCUGACGCGCGCUGACGCGCGGAGACUUUAGGUGCAUGUUGGCAGCGGCAGCGCGAGCCACAUAAACAAAGGCACAUUGGCGGCCAGGGCCAGUCCGCCCGGCGGCUCGCGCUAGGCUCCGCGGUCCCGCUCGCCUGCCCAGGCGGCCGCCUUCUCCUGCGCCCUCCCCGCUCUCGGCCACCAGGCUACCUUCGCCCCUCUCGCCCACCCCUCCCCGACCCUGCCACUCGGACUCCCAGAGGGAACUACACUUCGGCCGAGUUGAAUGAAUGAAGAAAUACGCGGAGAACUCCUAAGGAGGAGAUCCGACAGGCUGGACUCCCCACUGCCUUUCUAAAAAUCUUGGAAACCUUGUCCUUCAUUGAAUUACGACACUGUCCACCUUUAAUUUCCUCGAAAACGCCUGUAAUUCGGCUGAAGCCAUGCCUUGUGUUCAGGCGCAGUAUGGGUCCUCGCCUCAAGGAGCCAGCCCCGCUUCUCAGAGCUACAGUUACCACUCUUCGGGAGAAUACAGCUCCGAUUUCUUAACUCCAGAGUUUGUCAAGUUUAGCAUGGACCUCACCAACACUGAAAUCACUGCCACCACUUCUCUCCCCAGCUUCAGUACCUUUAUGGACAACUACAGCACAGGCUACGACGUCAAGCCACCUUGCUUGUACCAAAUGCCCCUGUCCGGACAGCAGUCCUCCAUUAAGGUAGAAGACAUUCAGAUGCACAACUACCAGCAACACAGCCACCUGCCCCCUCAGUCCGAGGAGAUGAUGCCGCACUCCGGGUCGGUUUACUACAAGCCCUCCUCGCCCCCGACGCCCACCACCCCGGGCUUUCAAGUGCAGCACAGCCCCAUGUGGGAUGACCCAGGCUCCCUCCACAACUUCCAUCAGAACUACGUGGCCACCACGCACAUGAUCGAGCAGAGGAAAACGCCCGUCUCCCGCCUCUCCCUCUUCUCAUUUAAGCAGUCGCCCCCCGGCACCCCCGUGUCUAGCUGCCAGAUGCGCUUCGACGGGCCCCUGCACGUCCCCAUGAACCCGGAGCAGGCGGGCAGCCACCACGUGGUGGACGGGCAGACCUUCGCUGUGCCCAACCCCAUCCGAAAGCCCGCGUCCAUGGGCUUCCCAGGCCUGCAGAUCGGCCACGCGUCGCAGCUGCUGGACACGCAGGUGCCCUCGCCGCCGUCGCGGGGCUCUCCCUCCAACGAGGGGCUGUGCGCCGUGUGCGGCGACAACGCGGCCUGCCAGCACUAUGGCGUGCGCACCUGUGAGGGCUGCAAAGGUUUCUUCAAGCGCACGGUACAAAAAAACGCAAAAUACGUGUGUUUAGCAAAUAAAAACUGCCCAGUGGACAAGCGGCGCCGGAAUCGCUGUCAGUACUGCCGAUUUCAGAAGUGCCUGGCUGUUGGGAUGGUCAAAGAAGUGGUUCGCACGGACAGUUUAAAAGGCCGGAGAGGUCGCUUGCCCUCGAAACCGAAGAGCCCACAGGAGCCCUCUCCCCCCUCGCCCCCGGUGAGUCUGAUCAGUGCCCUCGUCAGGGCCCAUGUCGACUCCAACCCGGCUAUGACCAGCCUGGACUAUUCCAGGUUCCAGGCGAACCCUGACUAUCAGAUGAGUGGAGAUGACACCCAGCAUAUCCAGCAGUUCUAUGAUCUCCUGACUGGCUCCAUGGAGAUCAUCAGGGGCUGGGCCGAGAAGAUCCCGGGCUUCGCUGACCUGCCCAAAGCCGACCAAGACCUGCUUUUCGAGUCUGCUUUCUUAGAACUGUUUGUGCUGCGAUUAGCGUACAGGUCCAACCCAGUGGAGGGUAAACUCAUCUUUUGCAAUGGGGUGGUCUUGCACAGGUUGCAAUGCGUUCGUGGCUUUGGGGAAUGGAUUGAUUCCAUUGUUGAAUUCUCCUCCAACUUGCAGAAUAUGAACAUCGACAUUUCUGCCUUCUCCUGCAUUGCUGCCCUGGCUAUGGUCACAGAGAGACACGGGCUCAAGGAACCCAAGAGAGUGGAAGAACUGCAAAACAAGAUUGUAAAUUGUCUCAAAGACCAUGUGACUUUCAAUAAUGGGGGGUUGAACCGCCCCAACUAUUUGUCCAAACUGUUGGGGAAGCUCCCAGAACUUCGUACUCUUUGCACACAGGGGCUACAGCGCAUUUUCUACCUGAAACUAGAAGACUUGGUACCACCGCCAGCAAUAAUUGACAAACUUUUCCUGGACACUUUACCUUUCUAAGACCUUCUCCCAUGCACUUCAAAGGAACUGGAAAGAAACCUAAAACUAUCCAGAGGGGGCAAGUCACAAGGCAGAGAUAUCCCCAUGAGCUGUCUCAGCUCUAGCUGGCCCCCACCCCCUCCAUAAAACCCCAGCCCCUCGAUCCCUAAAGAAAACAAAAACAAAAACAAAAACAAAAAAACAAAACAAAAACAACAAAAACUGUUGCUAUUUCUUAACCUGCAGGCAGAACUUGAAAGGGCAUUUUGGCUCCGGGGCAUCCUGGAUUUAGAACACGGACUACACACAAAUACAGUGGUAUAAACUUUUUAUUAUCAGUUUAAAAAUCAGUUUAUUGUUCAGAAGAAACAUUCCUAAUUUCUGAUGGGAAAUGUUUGGCCAUGUUUGGUUGUUGCCAUUAAGACAAAUGUAACACACACACACACACACACACACAUACACAUGCACACACACACACCUCACACAUUGUAAGGGGACCCACAAGUAUUGCCCUUUAAAAGACUUCAAAGUUUUCUGCUGUAAAGAAAGCUGUAAUAUAUAGUAAAACUAAAUGUUGCGUGGGUGGCAUGAGUUGAAGAAGGGAAAGGCUUGUAAAUUUACCCAAUGCAGUUUGGCUUUUUAAAUUAUUUUGUGCCUAUUUAUGAAUACAUAUUACAAAUUCUAAAAGAUAAGUGUGUUUGCAAAAAAAAAGAAAAAAGAAAAAAAGAACUACACACAAAAGGGACAAGCAUGUUGAUUCUAGGUCGAAGAUGUUAUAGGCACUUGCUAUUUCAGUAAUGUCUAUAUUAUAUAAAUAGUAUUUCAGACACUAUGUAGUCUGUUAGAUUUUAUAAAGAUUGGUAGUUAUCUGAGCUUAAACAUUUUCUCAAUUGUAAAAUAGGUGGGCACAAGUAUUACACAUCAGAAAAUCCUGACAAAAGGGACACAUAGUGUUUGUAACACCGUCCAACAUUCCUUGUUUGUAAGUGUUGUAUGUACUGUUGAUGUUGAUAAAAGAAAGUUUAUAUCUUGAUUAUUUUGUUGUCUAAAGCUAAACAAAACUUGCAUGCAGCAGCUUUUGACUGUUUCCAGAGUGCUUAUAAUAUACAUAACUCCCUGGAAAUUACUGAGCACUUUGAAUUUUUUUUGUUUUUUUUUAAUGUCUAAAAUUGUCAGUUAAUAUAUUAUUUUAUGUUUGAGUAAGAAUUUUAAUAAUGCCAUAUUCUGUAGUAUUUUUCUUUGUAUAUUUCCAGUAUGGCACAUGAUAUGGAGUCACUGCCUUUUUUUCUAUGGUGUAUGACAGUUAGAGACGCUGAUUUUUUUUUUUCUGAUAAAUUCUUUCUUUGAGAAAGACAAUUUUAAUGUUUACAACAAUAAACUAUGUAAAUGAACA